AUGUCCAAACUUCCAAAGCCGUUAAUAAAUUAAAAAAAAAAAUAUCAAAUUUAUCCAUAAUAUUUAAUUAAUACUUGUAAUAUUAUUAAUUAGGUAUUAAACAGUAAAGUUGAGUUUUAUAUUCGUAACCAACAAAUAUUUAUUAGUAUGGUUCAACAUAUGAUAUAAGGAAUUUGUAACCCUAAUAAAUUUAUAAUGUCGACUCGUUGGUACCCAAUAUAUCAAAGGGGUAAUCCACAACUUCGUGUCUUCCUGCCCAACUUUUGGAUGAAAUUAGUCCGUCCUCUACCACAGCAAGCAUCAAACAUAGUUCACUUUCAAUGUUCAAUGGAAAUGACGAAACAUGACAUCAAGAACUAUUUAGAUAAAAUAUAUAAUGUCCCAAUUAUUGAUAUUAGAACCAAAAUCACCACAGGUAGAUUUAGAAAAGAUGCUGGAAAGGGUUACAUUGUAAAGGAUGAUGAUAUCAAGUAUGCAAUGGUGGUGUUGCCAAAAACUAUGACAUUUGAGUUUCCAAACAUAUUUGAAAAGAAAAAAGGAGAUUUGGAAGAUGAUACAAAAUCUCUAGAGGAAACUAAGAAAUCAUUUAGAAAAUAUAUUAAUCGUAAUAAGGAUAGACCAGAUGUGCCAAGCUGGUUUUCUAUUUAAGUCUUGGAUUAGGAUGAACUUUGUAAGUUAAUAGAUAUAGAAAAUAAAUUUAGAUGCAAUA